AUGCAGGACAACACGGUGCACGUGUCAGCAAGGGCAGCGGCCUAUUACGCCGACGGCGAGCUGGUCGUUGCGCCGGACGGAGGCGUGCCCGAGCAGCACGUCCGUGAGGAUGAGAUUGUCGUGAUCAUGAGGACGUUGGACGAUGGCCCUGCCAUCUACCGGCUGGUUUGGCUGCGCGAGACGGCCGACGGGACCGAAGCACCGUUCCGGCUAGAGACGGUGCUGCUGGCCGGCGCGGCUGUCGACCGGCUGCCGCACCAUCUGCUCGACCGACAUCGUCUGCAGGCCAUCCCGCCAGUUUUUCAGUCAGGCUCGCAGGCUCUGCACGUGGUCGUAUCUACACGGUCCGGCGUCGGCCAGGCCCAGACCUUUUACAGCGCCGUCUUGGCACCGCUUCUCGGCCACUUUGGCCUGUCAGCCGCCACAACAGCUCAGACAAAAUCCAGGACGUUCCACCUGCUCGUGACCAGCAACUCGCGGUCUGUCUCGGACUUUGCUCGCACGCUCGGACCCGACGCGCCCACAGUCAUCCUCCUCAGCGGUGACGGCGGCGUGGUGGACCUGCUGAACGGCGUGGCCGUGGACACAUCGUCACCACAAGACCGUCGCCUUCCCACGAUCGCUCUCCUGCCUCUCGGCACCGGCAAUGCGCUCUUCCACUCGCUGCACCGAUCACCCACGUCUGCCUCGACCUCGUCGGCCUCAUCCCUCGUCCUCGGCCUCCGGACACUCCUCCACGGCCAAACCGCGCGGCUGCCCAACUUUGAGGCCUCGUUUGCGCCGGGAUCACACGCGGUCAGCUACUCGGGCAACGAAAACACAGAACGCAUCGAACCGGUCGCCCGUCUGCGCGGCGCCAUCGUGGCCAGCUACGGCUUCCACGCGCAGCUCGUCUGGGAAAGCGACACGCCCGCGUACCGGCGCCACGGCGCCAAACGGUUCGGCAUGGCCGCCCAGGAACUGCUCAAGACGGCACACGUCUACAUGGCCGACGUCGAGACGACAACACCCGCAUCGGCCGAUGCCUACAAUCCACGGCAGACCCUCGGCCACCGCUUCAGCUACGUGCUCGCCACGAUGGUGUCGAAUCUGGAAAAGACGUUUACCAUCUCGCCCGCAAGCUGGCCGCUGGACGGUCAGCUGCGACUGGUGCACUUUGGGGCGGUUGGCGGCACGCGCACAAUGGACAUCAUGAUGGCAGCCUACAACAAUGGCGCACACGUGGGCAUGCGGUGGCCGGCAGCCGAGGGAGACGACGCCGCAGAAGAAGAGGCCGUCGGCUACGGAGCCAUCGACGAGCUGCGGAUCACGGUGCACGAGCCAGACGCACGCUGGCGCAAGAUGUACGUUCCACUGUCACCGGUAUCCAAUGCAUUGCUGACUCAGCACAGAUGCAUCGACGGCACCAUCGUGGAGCUACCCCAGAACGGAUGGAUGCACGUGCGCAAGGCGACUCGGCCGGUUUUGCAGAUCAUGGUAGAGAAAGAGCAGUGGAUCAGCCAUAAGACAACAAAAGAAUAA